GAUAGUUAGAAUGUCUAGCAUAUGUCGAAGGUGGAAUGGCUUGAAUCGGUUGAAAAAUGGGGAAAUUGUGGAAGUUUGAAAAAUGGCCAAUUCAUUUUGAAUGGGGGAAUAAUGUCCCGGAAAACCUGGAAUUCUGGGAAAUCUGGGAAUUUUUUGGAAUUUUUCAAGGGAAAGCCCGCGAUUCCCGAAUAGGCUGAACAGUUUGAAGUUGGAACGGUUCGAAUCGGUUGACAAAAGUGCAAGGAAGAGUGUGCCAAAAUCUGGAGAAGGAGAAGAAGAAUACAUUGAUUUGCAUUUUGGUGUAGAAAACCAUAAUGUGUGAAUGCUUUGGAGCAUUCACACAUUAUGACAUAAUAAAUAUUGGAGCAUAAAAAUCUAGUAUGUGCCCUAUAUCUGACAACUUGACAUUCAAGCUCACCGCACUGCCAUCAGGGGAGAGAUUUAAGGUCACCUAAGAAAGUGUUUCUAUCCGUGCACCAUUAGGAUAUUGAGUGCCAAAAAAGUGUUGCAUUCUAAUUAAUUUUAUCAGGAAUGAUAAUGGUGUGGGUGUGCAUAGAGGCACUGCCUUGUGACAGGUGUCACCAGGUGUCACAUCCAGUCCUCUCGGCCAGGUGCAAGGUGAGCCGCCCUCGUCUUCAGCCAUGGCCUGCCACACGUUCAGGAUUUGGAAUUUGCUGCUUGUCCUCCUGCUCGCGGUUGUGGUUUUUGUCGUGUAUCAGUCAGAAUUGUCCUUUGACAUCAGUCCACCUACCUGGACCACUUUCUCAAGGAAAUUGGAUCUGGUCAUGGCGGGCCGUUGGUCCGAGACGAAUUCCACCGGCCGGGCUCAGAAGGUGGAAAGUGAGCAAGGGACCAAUCCCGAGACCCCCAUGCCCAUCCUGCUGCCACAAAACUUCUCAAAGUCUCCAGUGUGGGAUUUUGACGACGUUUACAACCAGGAUGCUGCACCCAGACAGUCGACGUGCCAACAAUCCCUCAGGAAUUCCCAGGAUGAGAGCUUCCGGAAGGGAUUCCUUCCCAACAUUCGCUUGUUCCUGCACAAAGACAACAUCAACAUGAGCGAGUGGAACAGACUGUCCCACUUUAACAGUCCCUAUGGCUUCAUGGGCUUCACUUACGACGAAGUGAUGUCCUCAGUGAAGAUGAUCCCAAGGCCACAGGAGCCUCUCUUCGAACCAAAGCCCGGCGGCGACGGCUGCAUUCGCUGCGCCGUGGUGGGAAACGCCGGCAUCCUCAACGGCUCCAAAAUGGGGAAAGAAAUCGAUUCGCACGACUUCAUCUUUCGGAUGAACGGGGCCGUGAUCGAGGGUUACGAGACCGACGUGGGGAACAAAACGAGCGUUUACGUCCACACGGCUCACACCAUCACCACGUCCUUGUCCAUUUUGCGGAAGUACGACAACAAGGCCAUCCCCCACGAUGAGGGUAUCAAAUACGUGAUGAUCCCAGCGCGCUUGAGGGACUACCAGUUCCUGGGAGGACUCCUCAGAGGAGACGUUGUGCCAGUUGGCCAGUUCAGAAACAAAAGGCCCAGGACGUACUACGCGGGGCAGUACAACGAGAGCCGCUUUUACGUCCUGUACCAGGACUUCCUCCGAUACGUGCGGAACAGGUUCCUGUAUUCUCCCCGCUUGAAUAAGAAGCAUUGGGCAUGCUACCGACCGACCACCGGGGCUUUAGCCGUCUUCCUGGCUCUCCACACGUGUGACCAGGUGGACACUUACGGCUUCAUAACAGAAGACUACGCCAAAUACUCCAACUACUAUUACCAAAGGAAUGAGAAAAAACGUGUCGCAAUGGUCGUCAGUCAUGACCUUUUGAUGGAAAUGAAACUGUGGAAGCAACUCCACGACAGCAAAGUCAUACGUUUAUAUCAAAGACUUGAACCAGAACCCCUCAUGUAACACGGCGCCAACAUACUUAAAGUAUGUUGGCGCCCUCUCCGUGCGUUGGUUGAGCGGAAGAGUUAGGGCUGCAUGGGAUUCUGGGUAUUGGUACCGUCAGUGUAAGAUGUGUGGCUGCUGACCUAGUACGCCUUGCUGUCACUUACGUGAGCAAACUGAAACUGCAUUCUACAUGUGGUCGAGCAGGUACACUAUUAGGGCAGACUGUAGAGGGCGCCAAAUGUAGUGUCAUCACGCUCUGAUAUUCGGGAGUCUCCCGGGAAAAAUGAGAGGGUUGGCAAGUAUGACGCUGUCAAGCGCCAAUUAUUCAAAACUCGCGGGCUGCACCAACAUCAAAUUUCCACAUGAAAGUGUGUGCCGGUGCGUGUGUCUGAGACCCCUGGUUAACAUAGCACAAAGCAUUUAAGCUCUGUAUGCGGUGUUUUUCAUUUUAAAUUAAAAAAAAAAUUUUUGUGGCUCCCAUUACUUUCUUUAAUUCGUGAAACUUGCCAAAAUGGCUCUUUGAGUGGUAAAGGUUGCCGACCCCUGGCCUAGUCUAUAAAAUCCGCUACAUCUCCCUGAUACCGAAGUACAUGUCAAACUACUUCCUUAACGUAAAUGACCGCCAUAACCACAACACCAGGGGGUGCUCCACUAACCACGUUAAACCCAG